GGAACCUUUGUGCCGGGGAGCUGGGUCCGGGGGAGCGGAUUCCGCGUCGCACCACCGUUACAUGUCAGUGAUCGGAAGCUGCUGAGUUUCUCAGGUGAGUGUCCCUGCUGACGCAGCUUCAGGUGUGGACUGACUCCAGGACCAGGACCGGCCAUGCUGCUUUCUCUCCUGCUGCGUCCGUCCCUCCCCUCCCCUCACGUCUCCACAAUGUUGUCACAAUGCGUCCGGACAUUGCGGUUUGAUGCCGGCAGGACGCUGCACUCUCAGACUGAACACUUCCUGCGGCAGAGACUUCCACCGCGCUUCCAAAGCCGAGGAGUCAAGAGCAGAGGCAGGAAGAGCCGGGGCCCGGAGGACGACUGGAAGACCAGGAACAAGACGGUGCUGACGUACAUCGCUGCAGCCGGGGUGGGGAUGAUCGGCCUGUCGUACGCGUCGGUGCCGCUCUACAGACUCUACUGUCAGGCGGCCGGGCUCGGCGGCACGGCGGUGGCCGGCCACGACACAAGUGGGGUGGAGACGAUGAAGCCAGUGAAGGAGCGUGUCCUCAAGAUCACCUUCAACGCAGACACACACGCCAGCAUGCAGUGGAACUUCAGACCGCAGCAGACGGAGAUCUUUGUGGUUCCAGGCGAGACAGCGCUGGCUUUCUACAGAGCCAAGAACCCCACAGACAAACCGAUCAUCGGCAUCUCCACCUACAACGUGGUUCCCUUCGAGGCGGGACAAUACUUCAACAAGAUCCAGUGUUUCUGCUUCGAGGAGCAGCGUCUGAACCCCCACGAGGAGGUGGACAUGCCCGUCUUCUUCUACAUCGACCCAGAGUUUGAUGAGGACCCGAGGAUGGCCCGAGUGAGCACCAUCACCCUCUCAUACACCUUCUUCGAGGCCAAGGAGGGCGAGAAACUCCCUCUGCCCGGAUACAGCUACAACUGAGAGGACGGAGUGAGACCUGAACCAGGACCGAGGUUUGAUUCUUAUCCGAGUCAGCGACGCACAAAAGAAGAAAAAUUAUCCAAGACUCCUUUCUUUGACACCAAAGCUUCAACCAGAGACUUUAAACAGAGACGACGACACGUCUCCACUUCCUCCAGAAAUGAAGCCAGAAUAUCUCAGAUACAAACGCUGCCAUCUUGUGGUGAACAUUUUUGUUUUCAGCCUAGUAGGGUUAGGGUUAGGGUUACCCCCCCCCACGCCUAUUUUUUUUCUUAAAACAAUAAAGUUAUUUACAGCGCAGUGUCGGAUCACGGAAGAAUAUAUAGAUUCCAAGAUUCCUUUCUUUUUAUGGAAAAGCCCUUGAAGAAAAAAGGUGUUGUUCUUAGAAAACUCAGAUUUGUUUUGGACGACACUUGUAGAGAGAAGAACUGAACUGUUUCCUGGACGAGUCGACGCAUCGCGCUGCUGCUCUGAUUCUGGGUGUUAGAGACUUGUUGAUAAUGAUUAAAUUAUUGUAUAGUUGAUUAAUUAAUUGACAAAGACUGAAGGAAAAUCAAUAAAUAAGAGUGAUGCAGAGAUUUAACUCA